AAAACCUUGCACAUCAGUUUAUUCCUACUGGUUGUUAUGAACUUUGUUGUAAAAAGCACUGUUUAAAAGAAGAAUUAAAAAAGGCUGGUAACAGAAUUAUUAAUGAAUCAUUAUGCGAAAUUAAAAAACGGCAAAUGG